CAUAAUCAGCACAACCAUGUUCUUUUUGUUGACAAGUAUUUCGGUAUCUGCAUACAUAGGCUGUCGACAUCUUCUAAGUUGAAUGUCACAAAGCAUCCCCACCAAUGCUCAGGAGCUGCUACAGCUCUGGGACUCGUCCAUCUCACAACUCCUUCGUAGGACCGCUCUUAAUGGAUGCGCACCGCCCGCCGUGGUUGACGUCCGACCGCCUGCUUAUGCACGCAAAAUGUACAAACUCGUAGCGCUUGUAGACGGUACAGCUACGUCUAUCUUUGACGGCGUUACCCAGUAUCUGCCUUUCACGACGGUCCAUCAGGAGGCGCGACCGGGGCACCAAAGCGGCUUAUACGUCUAUUCGACAGUGGAGGAAUGCCUGAGCACAGGAAUGGAGCACUUUCCCCAUCAAAGCAAGCUGAAGGACGCGCCGCGGGCCAUCGCAGUCGUCCUUGCAUGGAACGAUGAGGACGCCAGGCCUUCAGUGUCGUACGGGCCCAAAAAGUGUUACAGCUACCUCCACCUGGUGGAUCUGCUGCCCGUCAACCGCCCAGCUUCUCCGCCGGGACCCCAAAUGGCUCACGGGCGCUCUGGAAGACCCUUUUCACAUCGCACACAACAAGGAAACCUUGCCAGGGCUCAGGCGACAACUAUACAGCUGGAGAUGGAGGUGCAGGAUAUGGAGGAGCGACUGUACCGUGCACGUCGCAUGCGCUGGAUGUCCGAGCAAACCCUUGCCUAGCUUGAGAUCCAGCUUAACUGACAUGGCACAAGUAGAUAUAGUGAUGGCUUUGCAUAGUACAAUAGGGUGGAAAGCAGUUGGAACACUCUGACUGCCAACGUGCCAAGAUCAAUGUACAGGUACUGUAGUUCUGGAGCUGUCGUUUUCAUAUUGAGGAAUUGUAAAAACGUCAUUAACCAACAAGAUACUUUGCGUCAGCCUUAGGCUGGAUUUGUAGGAAGAGCGCUUACGCCAAGGCGCUUUGUUAGUUUGUCCUUUGCACCGAGGAUGUAUUUACAUUAGCAUUGUAGCCCAGUGCCCUUGUCCAGUUCCCGCUCUAGGCAACUCAAUUGUAAAACUCUAUUCAGUAGACACAAUAUAGGGACGGAAUGGCUUGCUGUCCGCGAGCGGGCGGUGCACACGUGGCGUCAUGGCUCGCGGGCGCGCUUCUAUUGCUCCGGUUGUUGUCUUUUGCAGCAGCGGACGUGUACAUCAUGACCCCCACAUACGCCUUGGACCCCUUGCCGGACAUACCGGCGGACUUCGGUCCAGAGAUUCCCGACAUUGGUAUCGAGGGCCUGCUGCGGUCCGCUGACCCCGAGGACGCCUGCUCGCCGCUCACCUUCUCCGACUUCGAUCAGCCCUGGGUGGCGCUCAUUGCACGGCAGCAGCAGCCGCACGCCAACAACUGCACCUUCGACAUCAAGGUCAUGAACGCCCAAGCCGCGGGCGCCCUGGCCGCUAUCGUGUACGACGACGUGUACGAGAGCCUCAUCAUCAUGAGCAAGCCGCGCGACCACCCCGACCCGGGCAUCUCGGCUGUGUUCGUGUCGCAGAAGGCGGGCAUCAUCAUGCGCAAGAUCAUGACGCUGGACACCAUCCGAGUGCGCAUCACGCCGCUGAGCAGUGUUGCCUGGCUGUCCAUGUUGAUGAGCGCCUUCCUGGGGGUGCUGGCGCUGGGGGUGGUGCUGGCAACCUUCUACGUCAUGAGGUCGUGGAGCAUGUGGAUCACGGGCAUGCAUCACCGGGGCUUGGGCGGCGUGGCGGGUGGGCCGGGUGGGACGAUGCACGGCGCGGCGGGUCAGUUGCGACCCACGGGUCCGCCGCAUGACCCUGGACUGCCUGCAGAGGCGCUGAGGCAGCUGCCGGUACUGGUGUUUGAGCCACCAGCGCCCCGGUCGCGCUCCGCCGCCGCCGUCGCGCCCAGUGUCGGCGGCGCCGAGUCGUCGUCGCUGUUGCGACCCAUGGGUCUCAUGGGCGCCGCCGUGUGGGUCAAUGAGGUGGGCGACGAGGCGGAGAUGCGGGCGUUACUGGCGGGCGCGGGAGCCGCCGGGGCGGAUGCGGAUGUGGAGGCGGGGCGCGGCGGCGGGGAGGGGCAUGCGCAGGAGGUGGAGGUGGACAGGGUAUCCCGCAGCAGCAGUGAGAGCGGUUGUACGAGCACUGCCGUACAUUACCCGGCUACCGCCGCCUCCUCGCUGGCUGCCGCCGCGGCGAGGCUGCCGCGGCCCCCGGGGGCCCAUGCGGGGGAGACGAAGCGCGUGUGCGCCAUCUGCCUGGAGAGCUACGCGGAGGGGGAGAAGAUCCGCGUGCUGCCCUGCGCGCACCGCUUCCACAUGAGCUGUGUGGACCAGUGGCUGGGCGGCCGCCGCUGCUGCCCCGUCUGCAAACACGACGCGUCGCAGCCGCUGCCGCUGCCUGCACGGGCGUCCUCAUCCUCCUCGUCAGCAGCAGCAGUGGGUGCAGGGGGUGCGGGGGGAGGAGGAGCAGGGGGCGGUGGUGGUGGUG